AAUACGAUUGAAAGUAGCUCAAACUGAGGUUCAGGAGGCAAGUCAAUAGUUGUAUUGGUAAACGUCGAUUGACAGAGUGAAAAGAAGGGACUCGUAUAUUUUCAGAUUAUUUCUGCCCAUCAGUCAAAAAAUAUAGACAGCCCAAGUGUGUAGUGAAAAAAGUGAAGAUCUAGUUCGUGCGUUUGUGUUUUUUCGGGAAACUUUUGAGGAAAAUCUCGGAUUUUCGUACUGUGCCAUAGAGCAGAGGGUGUGCUAUUCGGGAGUUAAUUCAGAGACCGAAACAACCUAGAGCCUCAAAAUGGGAAAUGAAACGUCCUUGCCCAUGGAAUUAUGCUCAAAUUUUGAUGCCGAUGAGAUCCGUCGUUUGGGAAAACGCUUCAAAAAGCUUGACCUGGACAAUUCGGGCGCGUUGAGCAUCGACGAGUUCAUGUCCCUGCCGGAGCUGCAGCAAAAUCCCCUGGUGCAACGCGUUAUAGACAUCUUCGAUGCGGACGGAAACGGCGAGGUCGAUUUCAAGGAGUUCAUCCAGGGCGUCUCGCAGUUCAGUGUCAAGGGCGAUAAGCUGUCGAAACUGAAGUUCGCCUUCCGAAUAUACGACAUGGAUAACGAUGGCUUCAUCUCCAACGGGGAAUUGUUUCAGGUGCUAAAAAUGAUGGUGGGCAACAACCUGAAAGACACCCAGUUGCAGCAGAUAGUUGACAAGACAAUUGUGUUCGCCGACAAGGACGAGGACGGCAAAAUCUCGUUCGACGAGUUUUGUUCCGUAGUCGGUAAUACCGACAUUCACAAAAAGAUGGUCGUCGAUGUCUAAGCAAGAAGGAAUCUAAUUUAUUAAGUAAACAAAUACUAAGCAAGAGUGUAUGUGAACGUUGCAUCUGAUGAAAACAGGACAACACGAACGUUGUAUUUUUUUUAGUUGUUUCUAUGUUGUUCACUAUAAAUUUUUCCUUAUUAUUAUAAUAUGAAAAUGUAUUAACACGAAAGAAAAGGCAUAGGGAAUAAUAUCUGUCUUGUGUGAGAAGGAUUUAAAACUAAACGAGCGCUUGUUUUACGAUGAAAAUGGCUUUUCCCUCAAGAUCAACCACUGAAUCCAAAAGUAACACAGAAACACAAUUUCAGUGCAUUUGGUUGCCGUAGUUCUACGGAUCUACGGAUAUCUAUUUAUUGUUUUAUUUAUAUUGGUAAAUUCCUUUUUCUCUCUGUUCUAGCGUUCUAAUAGUCGGAAGAUGAAACACGACGCAAGAUAAACCAAAAGUACCAUAAAAAGUGUGCAAUUCAAAGGCAUUGCUAACUAUUUUAACAUGCGAAUCUUAAGGCAAUAUAUUUAAUAUAAUAAAAAUGAUAACAUGCGGCUCUUCUAACUGUCACGGACCACUUCCAGCACGUUGAUCGAAAACAAACCCAAUAUUGGAGUAUCACUUGAUGCAAGUACUUAAUGGAAUAAACAUGAAAACAAGCUAAUGCAAAUCAAAAGCAUCAUCAAUUACUACUACUAUUAUACACACUCAUACAAACACACAAACACUCUUACAAAAAUAUGUAAUGGUCAUCCAGUGCGAGGGAGCUACAUCAAAUGCAAAUUUUGUUUUAGAUUAAUUUCCAACCUUUAUUUGUCAUAGGGCUUUUGAGUAUGUGGGCAGUUGAGAGUAUAACAUAUAGAUAUUUAACAAACUUAUUGCCACUGUUAGAGAUUAUAUCGUAUGUCGUGAAUGUCUAGCUAAUUUUUCCCCAAAUUUAAUUGUACAUGCAAACCCGUAAGUAAAAUGGAUGGAUAAAAAAAGAGAGUACUAUCGUAGAUUCUUAGGUUAGGAGCCAAUUUUUCUAUACACUAUACUGUUGUUGAGUCGGAAACUUAUCUUCGAAAUUGAAUUGCACUGCUCCCAUACUUCGUUUUAUACUAUCCAUUGUAAUUUAUAUUAACAAAAAAAAAAUACCAUAUUGAUUCGAAGUGUCCCUCCCCUUUAACGAACCACCGUUGAUAAUGCUCUUCGUCUAUCAGUUUGAUAGAUUUGGUCUCGCCAAACAAAAUAAUACAAUGUCAGGUUUCUUUGCCGUUCGAUUUGCUCCAUUUUUGUAAUCAAUAGGUCAUUGAAAUGUUGUUGAAGACACACUUACUAUGGAUUAACAUAAUUCAAGAAUAACAACAAAAAAUCGGAAUUUGAAAUACACUAGUUAUAUAUAUUGAUAACAAGAAAAGUAAAGAUUUUUUUUCUCGAUUGGCGGGUCUGUUGACAAAUUGGCGUGCUAAACAAACAUAUUUUAGUUGAAUUAAAAGUAAUUACACUGAUAUACAACUAACGCAUGUUUGUUAAAAAUACCAGAAAAAAUACCAAUCCUAUGUCCUCUAAUUCAAAUCCAGUGCAAUAAUUCGAAAAACAAUGCUUUGCUCGCAAUAGAAAACAUAUGUGCAAUCAACUCCCUGUUGAAGUCGGGGAUUGGAAUGGCUGCGUAUUUUUGGUGGGCCGAAGAAAAAACAUGUUAACCAUGACCACUAAGGUGAGAAAUUGGAAACCAUUAGGCAAAAACCCACAAAAAAAAAAAAAUAAAUUCAAAACACAAUGUUCAGAACAACAGUAAAAAAAUGAGGGCAAUGCCGUAAUCGAAACAACAAAUUAUCCGUUUGACUGGCAUGCUGAGAAAACAAUGCAUUACAGACAUUAUCUAUUUCUAUUAACUUACGAAUGAAUAAAAUAAAAUCUUUUUUCAAAACACUUCAAA